UGGAUCUGCUCCAUACAUCAUUAAAAUAGAUUGAGGAAAGAAAAGCUUUCCUCUCACGUUUGGGUCUCCGCGGUGCAUCUCAAGCUUGGAAUGAUGAAAGCGCUUUGGUAUGCGUUAGGAGUUAGUUCAGUUUAUUUCAUGACGGUCGAUUUAGUUGUUCAAAGGGGCUGGGCAAUGGCAGAACGAAAUGAUAAGUGUGUAAAUGCCCCGUUCUUGAAGCAGAGUGAAUGUAGUGGUUCCAAAUGCAAAGAACGUCUUAAGAGUAAAUGGCAGAGAAUAAAAUGCUUACCGUUUUCCACCAGCGGUCGCAAAGGUCUAUGCUCUAAAUGGUGCCAUGAAGGAGGGACAUCGACUCAGUCUUGCUAUGAUGCAUUUCAUAGAUUUUCUUCAGAACAAAUCUAUUUCAAGAACGGCGACGAAAACUUCAAAUUUGAAGUAGUAUACUGUAGAUCUUUCGAAUUUAUCAUUAGGCUAGAAAGGGUGCUCUCGAGAAUUGAAAGACCAGAAGUUACAAUUCAACCAGCCAUAAAUUUAACCAUCAAUGAUGCAAAACAGCAGUUUAGAACUUCAAUCCAAAGCAUUUGGUCCAACAAUUCACAUGGGGACACAAAUUCAACACAGGAUCAAAAACUGGAGGAUACUGUCUUUGCUGCGUUCAUCUUUGAAUACUUUAUAUUAAGCAUUGCCAGAGAGCGGCUGCACGUUACAAAUCCCGAAUUUAUUGAUGUGGAUGAAGAUCUGAACUUUCGAGUUAGACGCAAUGACCUCCAGAGAGGAGAUGACUUUCUGUUUCAUGGAAGCAGUCGCGGGAACUUUAUUAAGAUUCCCUCAGCUAAUCUGGAUCGAGACUCUACAGUACUUGGGCUCGAAUACACCAACCUUUCUAAGCUUUUAUCAAACUAUUCAGCUGACACUGAGAGAGACAACACAACAAAGAUACUUGACAGUGUAAUUAUGUCCGCCGUAACAAACGCUCCGCCCAAGGUUCUACCAGAAAACAUCACACUGGUUUUUAAGAACAUGCAGGUGAAUCGUAAAAAAAGAACAUGUGUAUUCUGGAGCUUCUCAGAAGAAAACUUUGGGAGUUGGUCAAGUGAAGGAUGUCAAACAAAGUUGAUAUCCGAUCAUUACACGGAAUGUGUUUGCAAUCAUCUCACCCACUUCGCUGUGCUCAUGGAUUUCACCGACAAUGCUGAUGACGGGAAGGAUAAAACUCUUUCGUCAUAUGAGCAUCACAAAAUACUGACACUCCUCACUCGAGUGGGGAUGGCUUUAUCUCUCAUUGGAGUCAUACUCACAAUUAUCAGCUAUCUUCAGCUCACAGACAGAAAUUUACCUUUGUGUCACAUACGGGUUAGUCUGACAUCCUGCAUUGGAGCAGGACAUAUCAUCUUUUUCGCUGGAAUCGACUCCACUGGAAACCAGGCUGCUUGUGUAGCUGUGGCAGCUCUUAUGCAGUAUUUCCUGAUGGCCAGUUUUUGCUGGAUGCUUGUCGAGGGGAUUUAUAUCUAUUUAUUUGUUGUAAAGGUUUACAACAUUAGCGAUAAAAUGCAUCGCUAUCAUGGCUUUUGCUGGGGACUGCCUGCAAUCAUAGUUGCUGUAUCUCUGGUAAUCGCUGCAGGAAAUGAUGGAAUCGAAACUUUUGUCAAUGAUGAAAACUGCUGGAUGUCCUCCUCUAACAAAGUCAUCUGGAUAUUUGUUUCCUUUGUUGGACUGAUCGCAAUUAUUAACAUGACGAUCCUCGUGCGGGUUAUAAAGGAAGUAACAACAAUCCAACAGGUGAAGGAUAGCCCGACUGAGCAGAUCAGGCUUGGUGUCCGUGCAUGCGUGGUGUUAGCUCCAUUGCUGGGUGUCACGUGGCUGAUUGGCUUCCUUGUGCCGUUACACAUCGCCUUCUCCUACAUUUUUGUAAUCCUUAAUUCCACUCAGGGAUUAUUCAUUUUCUUCUUUCACUGCUUGGGAAAUAGUGAGAUAAGGGGGCGUUUCAAAAGAAGAGUCCAAAAAAUCCACCCAAGUGCAUUUAAUCAAAGGCCAGGUGACGACAGAGGAAACUCUCAAGCCCGUCAAAGUCACAGUGAUACUGGGAUUCCUGUGCAGGAUCAAGAGUAAUCAAUAGACUUUGAACUUUUGUCUUGCCAAUGGAAUGGGAAAAUACUAAAUGCAUUUAUAACCAGCUUCACUUCUGUUGCUUAGGCUUUAGCUGAUUCAAGUUAAUUCAAGUUGUAUUUAUGCUUUUUUUGAGUAAUUUUUUCUUAGCCCCAGGCUUAGCUAGGUUGAUGAUAUUUAGCCACACUUACCUGGCAUCGUUGGCAUUAUAUGGAAUAAUUAUUUGCAUUAAAAUCAAAUUGCCCGAGAAUACCAGUUUAUAUACUGAU